AUGGCCGAGGAGAAUCUCACAGUUGUUACUGAGUUUAUACUUUUGGGCCUGACAGAUCAGGCUGAAAUGAAAGUGGUGCUUUUUGUGUUGUUUCUGGUGAUUUAUGCCAUUACCGUUGUGGGAAAUCUGGGCAUGAUCUUCUUAAUUCGAAUCACUCCCAAGCUCCACACACCCAUGUAUUUCUUCCUCAGCUGCCUCUCAUUGGUAGAUGCCUGCUACUCAUCUGCAAUUGCACCCAAAAUGCUGAUAAACCUCCUGAUGGUGACAGGAACAAUCUCUUUCCCUGCUUGCAUGGUGCAGCACUUGUGUUUUGGGAUGUUUGUUACCACAGAAGGUUUCAUGCUGUCGGUGAUGGCGUAUGACCGAUAUGUGGCCAUUGUGAAUCCUUUACUUUACACUGUUGCCAUGUCUAAGAGAAAGUGUGUCGUGCUGGUCACUGGUUCAUGGUUAUGCGGAACAAUUAACUCAUUAAUACAUACAGUAAGCUUGGGAAGACUGUUCUUUUGUGGGUCAAAUGUUGUCAGCCACUUUUUCUGUGAUAUCCCUUCGCUACUAAAGCUUUCAUGUUCGGAUACAUCCAUGAAUGAGUUGUUGCUGUUAACCUUCUCUGGAGUCAUUGCCAUGGCCACCUUCUUGAUUGUCAUCACUUCCUACACGUUCAUAGUUGUUGCUAUACUGCGGAUCCAUUCAGCAGCAGGCAGGUGGAAAGCCUUCUCCACCUGUGCCUCUCACCUGACUGCUGUGACCAUAUUCUAUGGGACCUUAAGCUUCAGUUACAUUCAGCCGAGUUCCCAGUAUUCGGUAGAGCAGGAGAAGGUGGUUGCUGUGUUCUAUACACUAGUGAUCCCCAUGUUAAACCCAUUGAUUUAUAGUCUGAGAAACAAAGAGGUCAAAGAUGCAGUGAAAAGGGUCAUAGAAAUGAAACCUUUUCCCUGUUGA